AACCAACAUACCUAAUCUGACAAUAAGAGAUAAUCAUGCGAUAAUUGGAUAUUCAUACAGACAAACACACACACAGACAGGGUAUGUAUGUAUUCAUAUUAUCACUUUACAGUUGUACACAUACCAUGUCAAUUUAAAUAGACAGUUACCGAGUCUUAUUUAUGCAAAUUUUCUUUCUACAUUUCAUAUAAAUGAUGAAUUAUGUUAAAUAUUUUACUUUGAAUACAUUUGGUAAUAGACUUUCAGGUUAGAGGGUUUUAUUUAACAAGGUUGGAAUUGCUAAUUCUUAUGCUCAAUCCUCAUUCUUUAACUGGGGUCAGAACGAGCGGUAGCUCUACAAAAGCUACAGGUGGAGAUAUCUGGUGAGAGAGGAAACAGUGAAUUCAACGCUGUUUUUUUUCCUAUUUUGGUCAAGAAUACCUGAUACAUAAUUUAAGAUUUCAAGUUUUACAGACAGUUAACUGUGGAUAUAUCUAUUACAUGUUUUUCUCAUAAAUAAGAUACUAACACAUAAGAAAAUUUAUUUACUUUCUAUGUCAAUUAAUUUGAACACAUUCAUGAUGUGUAAGAUAUCCUAACGAACAUGUAUGCAUGGAAUGAUUAUUGUUAUAAAUUUAUCGAAAUUGCAAAGAAGUUUCUUCAUUGGAAAAAUACUUUCAUUAAUAUUAAUCUAUCAAAACAAUCUAAUUAUUCACAUAUUAUAAGUGAUAACCCUAUUGAAGACUAUCAGAAUACAAUCAAUUUGAAUAGAAAUGAAAAUGAUAAUUUAAACAAAAUAACAAUUAAGAAAAGAUUAAAUGACAAAGGAACUUUUGGAUUAAAUAUACAACAUAUUAAACAAAAAGCUAAUAGUUUAAAAGAACAAGGUAGAAGAGCUAAAGUCUAUCAUGGUUAUCCUAUUUGGACGGAUACUAAAAGUGUUAUACAAUCAUUUUCAAACAGAAUAUCAUCAAAUUCCACUACCCAUUAUCGUUUAUCACCAUAUAGGCAAUGUGAUUGGCAAAGUGAUUUAUUUGAUCCAAUUUAUUCAGCAAUUCAAUAUCCUUUGAAAGAUACAUUACAAUCAACACAUUCAUCAUUAUGGGAUGAUUCAUCAGUGUCAGUUCAUCAACCAUAUGCGAAAGAUCGUCUUCCAGUUAGAAAUAUUUGGACAAGUCAAGAUUCAGUUGUCUCCGAUGCACAUGUCUAUUGUGAGUUAAUUGAAUUGAAAUCAAAUAAAACUCACUAUCCAACUAACAAGAAAUUGGAUUCUAGAUCAUUUUAUAAAGAUUAUUCCUCUUGUAGUUUACGUUCAUAUGAAAAUCAAUGUUUUCAAGAUAUGAUCUCAGAUAAAUCUUCAAAUGAACAACCGCCAAAAUUACCACAUCGAAAUUAUGGAGAAAGUACUUUGAAUAUGGUUGCUAAUUUACGUUUCUGGGCAACAAGAAAUAAACAAAAAAUUUUCAAAAAUUUACAUAAAAUCAAUAAAUUACACAAACAUGUUUAUUCUAUGUCAGAUAUGACAUGGAGAUUAAAUAAAAAACGAAAUGUUUAUGAUUUACCUUUAUAUAAAACAAAACAUUAUACAGAACAAUCAUCAUUAAAAACAUCAUAUCAAGAUCGUAAACACAAUAAUUUGUGGAGCAGAAAUUCUGUAGAAAAACCUAAAGAUUACGAUGAAUUAACUAGCCGAAAUACAAGAUCAACUUUUUCUGAAACUGAUAUCGUUUCACUGGAGAAUCUCAAUUCAUUCAAUAUUUGGGGUUCACAACAACGGAAGGAUCCAAUAAUUUCAGCUUGCCAUUCUAAUGAAGCUUUUUCUUUGGAAGCAAAUAUACAAUUAACAAAACAGUCGAUCAACUUCAAUGAUAGAUGCAAUAAUCUUAGACAUAUCGAUAGUGAAUUUGAUAUUACAGAAUUAUCUCCCAAUUAUAGAAGAAACAGAUCUCCAAGAAGUAAACAAUUCAAAUUGAAUCAUUUAUUAUAUCCAUAUUUGACAUCCACAUCAUUCACACCAUUAUAUCAUAUUUACAUUCCAAAUCAAUAUCGACAAUCUAAAGAGAAUUCCGAUUCAUAUACAAAUAAUGUUCAUUUACAAUGUAAUAAAGUGAAUAAUCAAAAUAAUACAAACCAUUCUUAUCUAUCUAAUCUAAUAUUAUUUGAAGAAAUUCCCUGUUGCACUUCUUCUCCUUGUGCUUCUUCUCCUCCUUAUUUAUGUAUGCCACCAUUAAUGGAACGUUCUAUGGAAGAUGAUGAAUAUCAUUUAUGCAAAUGAUUGUAAAACAUUCAAAUUACGGUUUUUUUUGUAUAUUUCUUUUUCGAUACAAUAUGUAACACCAUUUACAAUUCAGGUUAUUUAUAAAUUGUACAUAGAUUACUUAGUUCCUUAAGCCUAUUAUUCCUAAUGGAGCAUAGGACGCCAACCAGCAUUCUCCAACUCAUUCUGUCCUGUGCCUUCCUUUAUAGUUCUAUUUAAUUUUUUUUUCAAAUUGUAUAUAAAUAAUACACAAUAAU